AUGCAUCAAGAAGACAACAAGAUCGCUGAGCUAAGUGCCCAGCUGCAGCGAGUGCUCGGCCUGCACGAGCAGCGCGUGCUGGCCUACAAACGAUGGGAGAAGGCCUUCAGGGAGUAUGUGGCACUGGAGGACCAGGCCGAGGGCUGGGAAGACUAUCAAGAUGCCAUCAAGGAGGCGACAGGUGAGUUCGUGAAAAUCUCAACGGCCGUGCGGGAGGUCGAGGCCCAGCUGGCGCUGUCCAGGCCAGACCUGGCGGCCAUGGUGCGCAGCCUGCAGGAACUGGAGAAGCAAAAGCUUCAGCUCACGGCCAAGGUGCAGGCAGGCAAGGAGAAGGCAGUGGUGACAGAACGCGUCGAUGAAGAGGUCGACUGGGUGUGGGAGCGAGAGGAGAAGGGCAUGCGAAACCAGCUGAACGGCCUCGUCGAGGAGAUCAACCUCGUCGUCGACUCCUUGCGCGUCGAACUGCAGGAUCUCGCUCCGCCCAGCGCUGAAGAAGCCAACGAAUAA